AUGUCUCUAGGGCGCACCUUCAAGCUCAAUUCGGGUUAUGACAUUCCCGCAGUCGGCUUGGGUACAUGGCUCUCCAAAACAAACGAAGUUGAGAAAGCCGUUGAGACUGCCCUCCGCGUGGGCUAUCGCCAUAUCGAUGCCGCUGCUUGCUAUCAAAACGAGGCCGAGGUCGGCAACGGUUGGAAGAAGUCUGGUGUGCCACGAGAGCAGAUCUUUAUAACCAGCAAACUGUGGAACACUCAUCAUCAUCCCGAUCAUAUUGAUGAAGCACUUGACAAGACGCUGAAGGACCUUCAGACCGACUAUCUUGACCUAUACCUAAUCCACUGGCCCGUUGCGUUCGAGCAUACGAACGAGACUCUUACACCCAUUGAUCCUGUAACCAAACGAUUUCGUCUAGCAAAUGUCCCAAUAGCCGAUACAUGGAAAGUCUUAGAGAAACUCGUGGAUGCGGGCAAGAUCAGAAGCAUUGGCGUCAGCAACUUCACCUCCGAUAAGCUUGAUGAUCUUCUCAAAGUCGCCAGGAUUCCGCCUGCUGUGAACCAGAUUGAAGCCCACCCGUACCUCCAGCAACCUGAGCUUACACAGUACUCGAAGGAUAAGAACAUCCUGACUGUCGCCUACAGUCCAUUGGGGAACAACAUUUACGGUGUCGCUCGUGUUGUCGAUGAUCCUCUCGUCAUCGAUAUCGCCAACAAGCUCGGCAAAGACCCUGCAGCGGUGCUGAUCUCCUGGGCCGUGCAGCGCGGUACGGUUGUCUUGCCAAAGAGCGUCACUCCCGCUCGAAUUGAAAGCAACUUCCAAGAUUUUAUCAUUCCCGAUGCCGAAUUCGAAGCCCUAAACAGUCUCGACAGGAAUCAGCGGUACAAUUAUCCCUUCCGCUGGGGUGUCGAUGUGUUUGGAGAGCUGGGAUCUGAAGAAGCAGAGCGCAGGGCAGAGGAGGAUGCUGCGAAGAAGCGUGAGGCUGCCUAA